AUGGGUGAUAAUAUAAAGAGAAUCAAGUUUUAUUUUGUGAUAUUUUGUGUCCUGAUUUGUUUUCCAGUUGUUCGUAGUACUAAUACAAGUACAGUAUGUUAUGGAGCACCUGGUGCAAGAUGUACAACUCACAAACUAUCUUGUAUCAGUCCUCUAGUAAUACAGAUAAUAAAUACAUCAUAUGGAUAUAGAUCAGGAUGUAAUAGUAAUGGUAUAGCUGAUUGUACUGAUACAACAUGUUGUAAAGAAAAACCUGGUGAUUGUUUUCAACAAUUUUCUUCUGAUGAGAAUCGACAAGUAGUUAGAAACUGUAGUGAAGUAGAAACUUGUACUGUACCUAGAUUUCGUGAGGUUAAUGGUAGAGAAUGUGGUGGAACUAUUAGUGCUUACAGUAAAAUACAAUACAGUUGUGUUUCAAAGGGUAUAUUGGAUUUCUGA